UUAAUUUCUUACCCGCACAUACCGCACGGGAGGCUUCUGUGGCAAAGUCACAUUAACCUCUGGCUAGUUAAUAUUCAUCUGGCGAAGUCCCCCAGCACUUGAUGAAUAUUCAUGAGGUGGGCGAGGCCGUCCCCUCACUCCUCCUCCAGCUCCAUGGCGCUCGCGCGGACAUGUUUAUUUCUGCAAGCGGGAGCGCACGCGGCCAUCAUCAUCAUCCUCAUCGUCCUGCCGCUCGGUCUGCGCGUGAUAGUCGCUCAGCUCAGUAUGGCAAACAAGACCGUUUUGCCCACCAAAGAGCGCUCUCUGAAGGGCAGGGAGGAGAAAAUGGUCGUGGCAGCAAAGCACGCAGCAAAUGGGAACCCCACAGUGGAGCCAUUUCCUGUUGGCAUGGAGAUGAUCAUGUUUGGAAUGGGCUGUUUUUGGGGAGCAGAGAGGCGCUUCUGGAGGAUUCCUGGUGUGUUCUCUACACAAGUGGGCUACGCUGGGGGUUUCACACCUAACCCUACCUACCAUGAAGUGUGUUCAGGUUUAACAGGGCACACGGAAGUAGUGCGAGUGGUCUUCUCUCCUAAAGACGUCAGCUUAGAGAAACUUCUCAAAGUCUUCUGGGAAAGCCAUGACCCCACUCGAGGAAUGGCACAGGGGAAUGAUCAUGGCACGCAGUAUCGUUCUGCCAUCUACACCUGCAGCCCAGAACAGCAAGAGCUGGCCAUGAGAAGCAAGCAUAUGUACCAGGAGAAAUGUUCUCCUUCACCAGAAAGACACAGACCACUGAGCUUUGACAGCUUCAGCUUUCUGACACCAUAUCCACAUACACAUUCAUGUUUUUCCCCAAAAUCAUACUUCCUCCCUUUUUAAUGCACACUAUUUAAAACAAUUGCACAGUUUAAAGGAUGAUAAAAAGGGCUCCCCAAUUUGUAUUUUUAAAGAAAUGUAAUUAAAGAGAUUUUUUGUGUCUAUGUUUAUUUAAAAAAACCAAUGUGCUCUAUGUAAUCACAGGGAAAAAUGACAAUUUUAAUGGAUUCUGAUUAUGAAAAGUGCUGUAUAACAGUAAAACACACACACACACACACAUAUAUAUACAUAUAUAUAUGCAGUCAUGGCCAAAAAUAUCAGCACCCUUGGUGAAUAUGAUCAGAGGCGGCUGUGAAAAUUAAUCUGCAUUGUUAAUCCUUUUGACCUUUUAAUUAAAAAAAUAACAAAAUAACCUUUCAUUGGACAAUAAGAAUUUAAAAUGGGGGGAAAUAUCAUUAUGAAAUAAAUGUUUUUCUCUAAUACACAUUGGCCACAAUUAACAGCACCCUUUUAUUCAAUACUUUUUGAAACCUCCGUUUGCCAGUUUAACAGCUCUAAAGUUUCUCCUAUAAUGCCUGAUGAGGUUAGAGAACACCUGACAAGAGAUCAGAGACCAUUCCUUCAUCCAGAAUCACUCCAGACCCUUUAGAUUCCCAGCUCCAUGUUGGUGAACUUCUCUUCAGUUCACCCACUCAUUUUCUACAGGGUUCAGGUCAGAGGACUGGAAUGGCCAGCAGAAGCUUGGUUUUGUGCUCAGUGACCCAUUUUUGUGUUGUUUUUGAGGUUUGUGUUUGGAUUAUUGUACGGUUGGAAGAUCCAAACAUGGCCCAUUAUAAGAUUUCUAACUUACUGAUUUUUUUAUCUGUUGGUAUUUGAUAGAAUCCAUGAUGCCGUGUGUCUAAACAAGAUGUCCAGGACCUCCAGCAGAAAUAUAGGCCCACAACAUAAAAAAUACAGCAGUAUAUUUCAUUGUACACAUGGGGUACUUUUUAUCCCUGAGUUCACCAAACCCAUCUCAAGUGUUUGCUGCUAAAAAGCUCAUUUUUUAGUUUCAUCUGACCAUAGAAGCCAGUCCCAUUUGAAGUUCCAGUCGUGUCUGAUAACUGAAUAUGCUGGAGUUUGUUUUUGGAUGAGCGAGGAUAAUUUUUCUUGAAAUCCUCCCAAACAACACGUGGUGAUGUAGGUGCUGUUUGACAAUUUUUUUUAGGUUUUCUGACCCCGAGACUCAACUAUUUUCUGCAGUUCUCCAGGUGUGGCCCUUGGAGAGUCUUUAGCCACUCAAACUCUCCUUCUCACCCUGCAUUAGGACGCUAGACACACGUCCUCUUCCAGGCAGUUUCAUAACAUUUUAUGUUGAUUGGAAAUUCUUAAUUAUUGCCCUGAUGGUGGAAAAGGGUAUUUUCACUGCUCUAGCUCUUUUCUUAAAGCCACUUCACUAAUUUGUGAAGCUCAAUUAUCUUUUGCUGCACAUCAGAAAUAUAUUCUUUGGUUUUUCUCAUUGUGAUGGAUGAUUAAGGGAAUUUGGCCUUUGUUUUCCCUCCUAUUUAUAUUUCUGUGAAACAGGAAGCCAUGGCUGGAUAAUUUCAUGUUCACAAUCACCCUGAAGUGCUCAAAAUUGUGAAUAUGAAUGGGAAUAUACUUUAGAGAUAUUUUACUCAUAAGAAUUUCUAGGGGUGCCAAUAAUUGUGUCCAACGUGUAUGUGUGUGUGUGUGUGUGUGUGUGUGU